CAAAGCCAAACUCCUGCACCAUGUCCAAAGUACACCUCCUGCUGCUCUUGGCUGCCCUGGUACUGACCAGCCACAUACAUGGAGCCACACUGAGAAAUGAAGACACGUGGAAGCCACUGAGUAACCCCAGAAACCGAGAACUGUUUUUCAGAAGCCUCCAGGCCUACUUUAAGGGUAGAGGACUUGAUCUUGGGAACCUUCCAAAUACCUUCAUGAAUGAGGACCCCAGACCUCUCUCUUUCGGGUCGGAACAUAUUGCUUCUGCAUUUGCAGACUACGAAGCACAGAAAAACUCCCUCCAUAAUUCCUACAAAGGCUGAUAGCCCAGGUGACCACGUUAAAGCUGCAGAAGAGCUUUCCAAUAUGAAGUCUCGUGUGUGUUUUCCCCUUCCAUAUUAGUCAGUUUAUACUUAUUUUGCUCUACAUUUUCAGAUUUUUACAUGUAAACAGCUGGACCUUUGGAACACAUGAUACUGAUAUGCAUAUUUCAGCAUUUUUCUCUUUUAUGACUGUAACUAUUGAGUGAGGCUGUACGUAUUCGAAGGAGUUACAAAAACACCACAGGUGAAAUGAAAUGAUAAUUU